UAUUUGCCGUACAGAAAAUAGUUUAUUUGAAGUUUCGCCUGACGCAAGGUUGGUCAAGGUUGUGCGGUGCAAAAGUGACCCGGAAAGCGUUGUUACUGCGAGAUCAACAAGCUUUGCGUAUCUUGGAUUUGUCGACAACACAAGCAACUUCUGCUUGUGAUGGUUUGACUGAGAGCUAGCUGUUCAACAUGCGAGUGCGGCCCCAGACUGUGAAGCGACUGGUUUAUGCCGGUGUCGCUGCCGGUGGUGGGGUGUUUGUAGCGACAUUCAUCUACCCUAGACUCUCUGUAAAGAAGACAGAGCUGGGACGAGUGUUGGCAGCAGAUGUCCAGCAGCAGUACAGCAAUGCACCUCUGCCCCUACGGGAGGACAUCCACAACCGACUGGCCACAGAGGAGUUUGAUGUCCUGGUGGUGGGAGGUGGUGCCACAGGAUGUGGAGUGGCACUGGAUGCUGUCAGUCGAGGCUUGAAGACAUCUCUGGUUGAGAAGUUUGACUACUCAGCCGGAACCAGCAGCAGAAGCACGAAGUUGAUCCAUGGCGGCGUCCGGUACCUGCAGAAGGCAGUCUUCAACCUUGACUAUGAACAGUAUCGGAUGGUGAAGGAAGCCCUUGCAGAAAGAGCUAACCUGAUUGAAAUCGCCCCACAUCUUGCCUACCCGUUCCCCAUCAUGUUGCCUGUAUACAAGUGGUGGCAGGUGCCGUACUUCUGGGCGGGGAUCAAGAUGUACGACCUGGUGGCGGGGAAGCAGCUGCUCAAGUCCAGCUACUACCUGUCCAAGAAGAAGGCCCUGGAGUUGUUCCCCAUGCUGAAGAAGGACAGGCUUGUUGGUGCUCUGGUCUACUAUGAUGGUCAGCAUGACGACGCUCGGAUGAACAUUUCAUUGGCGAUGACAGCAGUGAGGAUGGGCGGGGCACUCACAAACCACACGGAGGUCGUUCAUCUACUCAAGACCAUGGAUGGGGAGGGGAAGGAGACAGUGUGUGGAGCUCAUGUUAAAGAUUUAAUUUCUGGUAAAGAGUUUGAUAUUAAAGCAAAGUGUGUGAUAAAUGCAACUGGGCCGUACACGGACUCCCUGCGUAAAAUGUCCAACCCUCAGGUGCGGAAAAUCUGCCAACCCAGCUCAGGCGUACAUAUUGUGCUACCUGACUACUACAGUCCUGAGAGUAUGGGUUUGCUUGAUCCAUCCACCAGUGACGGGAGGGUCAUCUUCUUCCUGCCCUGGCAGAAAGUUACACUAGCAGGUACGACGGACAGCCCGUGUGAUGUCACGGACUACCCACAACCCACAGAGAAAGAGAUUCAGUUCAUACUUAAUGAGAUCAGGAAUUAUUUGAAUCCAGAUGUUGAAGUGCGGAGAGGAGAUGUGUUGUCUGCCUGGAGUGGCCUGAGGCCACUUGUAGCUGACCCAAACAAAUCUGAUACUCAAUCCAUUGCUAGAAACCACAUUAUAGAAGUCGCUUCUGAUCAUCUUAUAACAAUAGCAGGAGGGAAAUGGACGACGUAUCGUCACAUGGCGCAGGAGACCAUUGACAAGGCUGUGGAGGUGUGUGGCCUGACACCCACCUCGGGCUGCCGCACACAGGGUCUGAUGGUGGAGGGAUCUCAUGGCUUCACGCCCACACUCUUCAUCAGACUCGUCCAGGACUUUGGUCUGGAAAAUGAAGUUGCUCAGCAUCUUGCCAACACAUAUGGAGACAAGGCAUUUAAAGUGGCCAAGCUUGCCAACCUGACAGGACGGCGGUGGCCGAUUGUGGGGAGGAGAUUAUCAGAGGAAUACCCGUAUACAGAGGCCGAGGUAAAGUACGCUGUGCGGGAAUAUGCCUGUUCAGCAAUAGAUGUUUUGGCACGACGUACUCGUCUGGCAUUCUGCAACGUCCACGCAGCGGAGGAGGCCCUGCCACGCAUCAUCGAAAUCAUGGCUGAAGAACUAAAGUGGAAUAAAACAAAACAGAAGGAGGAGACGGAGAGAGCAAAGCGCUUCCUCCGCAGGGAGAUGGGUCUCGACAUUAAAAAGGCCUCGGAAAUGCAGGCUCCGAUUAACUUCACCAAGGAUGAAAUCAACAUGUACGUGAAGAGAUUCAAGGGCCUGGACUAUGACAACAAGGGCUACAUCACCAUCAAUGACCUGCGUAGAUACUUCAAGAAACUUGCCUAUUUUGAAAGUGAGAAAAUUGGAGAAAGAGUGACUGAAGAUCAGCUUCAUGACAUUCUCAGUGAAGUCGACCUCAACAAGAAUGCUCAAGUUGACCUUGGCGAGUACCUCCAGCUUGUUAGUGUGCUGAAAGUCAAGCAGCAGGCUGUGGCGUCCGUGACCUCCAAGCUGGACCAGUCUCAUGAGUGCUCUUAAGAGUGGCCGGGUGUCCAACUCACGACUAGCCAUGGCAGCGGAGCAGAGCGCAGAAAGAGAGAAGAUUCCAGUGGAGAGGAGUGGCGGGGGAGUGUAAUACUAGGGAGUGGAGGAGCAGACCGGCAGAUGACCAUGGAGUUUAUCACAGUCAGAUUCUCCAGCAGCAGGCUGUGGAUCUCAUCAUGUUUGAUAGAUUGUUUGUUGGGAGACUGCUGUUGCCAUGGUGACAUGUAGUUUUCUGUACUGACCAAACCUGUAGUAACCUCAUAGGAUGGCAGUUGGAACCAAUUACAGCUCUCUAAGAUAUAGCAUAUAUAUCAUUCCAGCUUGCUCUGUUGACUAUUGUGAUAUAUACCCUAGCAUCUUCCUCUUAACUUACUUCAUGGAUAAAAUGUGCUGAGAUAGUGAAGCCUUAAGAAGCAGAUGUACCAACUCAGUUAAGAGUUCUAUGGUUAUCAAUAUAAGCAGUGAUCACUAACUAUGACGUUAUCAAAGCCUGUAAGUACCUUUCUAAGGUUUCUUCUAAUAAUUUUGGUUUUGUUGUUUGAAAACAGUCUGUAGGAAAAUAUUAUAUUUGUUGUUUACAUUAAUCAGUUACGAUGAACAUAUUUUCACAAAACAAAUUGAAGGUGAUGUUUUAUUUAUUGAUGAUCCUAUUGUUAAACCUUGUGAUGAUGGUUUAUGAAGUACUCACAGGUAUUGCCUUACAGACCACACGUAGUAUGUACCUGUUUUUAAAUACAUUAUCAUAGAACUAGAUCCUAAUAUUUAUAUCCCUAUAGAUUGGUUGACCUGUAUAGCUCAGUGUAUUUUUUCAGUUAUGCGUCAUGUGUUCAAACCGUGUGAUUUGUAUUAACACUGGUUAUUGAUGCAAGGCAUACAAUGCCUGUUUCAGCUUGUACUGUAAACUAGGUACAGCAUGUUGACUUCGUCUCAUAUCUGUGUUGUAAUGUUAAACAGUGUAUUUUGUAUCUUGCGCCAAAAGAUACAGACGAUGUUUGGAAAAUUGAUUACGAGGGCAUUUUUUGUCACAAGGGUAAACUCCUACCAUAUUUGACUAGAAUAAUUUGCAGGAGUAAUGAGGAUAUAUAUACUUUCUGAAACUGCGGUGCAAAUUCUGAUGAAUACAUAAUAAUAAGUUUCUUUGAAAACAGUAUUUGAUUACAUGGCAGUACUGCUCCUUUUCUUCUUACACCAGAUGUGAAGUCUGUUUACGAUGUUAGUGUUGAAAGUCCAGGUAAGGAAGGUUUCAUCAAGAAGAUAAGAGAGUCCAUUUGUUUGCAGCAGUACAGAUACAAUGCCUGAUAUGGACUGACAUCCAUGUAAACUUUUCAUCCAAGUACAUUUCUGAUGUUUCAAGUUGAAGUGAUCAUUUACAACAGUGCUACCCAUAUCAAGGAUUGCCUAUAUCAAGGAAUGUAAAACCUCAAGAAAUAAUUUGAAUUAUGGUUUCAUGUUGUGUUGAUUAUUUACGACAGUCAAUAUCUAGCUCAGUUAUUUAUGAUGAAGGCCAUGUACAGCUGAUUUUGAAAUGAGUUCAGCUUAGGUGAAUUCUAUGUGCACAUAUUGAAAACAGACUCCUUUGAGCUGUGAAUGAAUCUCUAUUUUUCCAAUUAGAUGGUAGAUAAUGUACUGUAUAUGCAUGUUUGAUUUGUUUACCAUUUCAUUUCUGUAAAACCUUUUUCUCUCAUUUCCAUGGAAGGCAAUAAAAUAUAUUCUUGUUUCUGAUGACUCUCCUCAAUUUUAGUGUUAUUUUUUUUUUUUAUUUAGUAGGUCACUAGUGAACUUGAAUUGCCUGGACCUGUGACCUAUUUGGCCGCACCCCUGUGCCUCAUGAUAUAAGACCACAUGGAUGAGGUCACCAUGGGUUAUUUCCCCUUAAGGGCAGUGGCGUAGCCUAGUGUUUAAGCAUUCACUCACACACCAAAGGCCAAGAUUUGAUUCCCCACAUGGGAACAAUGUGUGAAGCCCAUUUCUGGUGUGCCCUGCCGUGAUGUUGCUGGAAUAUUGCUAGAAGCUGCAUAAACGCAUACUCAUUCUCUAUUUCUUGUGUGAAUCGGACACACCAGGAAUGGCAUAGAGUGGGCAAGAGUGGAAAUCCAGUACAAAUAAGAAUCUUGAGUUGAGUCUUUCAACAGCGUUUAACAAAUAAAAAGAUAUUUUGGUGGGGGCAUUUUUAGGGGCAGGCCAGUCAUGAGAAACAAGACAUGUAUUUAAGCAGCCAAUGCAAGUGUGCUAAUGUAUUGUUGUUACUUUACAUGAUUUGUUAAAGUUGUUAUAUUUUCCCAUGCUGACAUAUCCUGCUGUACCACCAUCCUUGUUCUCAAUGGUCCUGUGUGAUGCUGUGAUCUGUUCAACUGUACAUCAGACUCCCACCAAAGCAGGUGCUUUAAAUAGAUUGAAUACAGGAAAUAUAUUUUGUUAUUUUGUCGAUGUAAAGCCAGUUCUUCAGGUAGACCGUCUCACAAUCUGAGAAAUAAAACAGCUGUUUUCUCUGA